UAGAAAUCGAAUUCAAUCUUUUGUAAAUAACUAGUAAAUUGUCAAUAAACAUAUUGAGAUAAUUCAGAAUAUGGCGCACGAAAACAUCAGACAUAUUGAUAUUGGUGAAGGUUUGGAAUUAGAGCUACCAAAACGUUUGUUGACUGAGGAUGUUCAAAACUUUCGCGUGUUUAAAUGGGAUGCAAGAAAGAUAGUUCGGGAAGGUAGAGUAUUUCAUCCAGCUGAAAAUGACUAUUUGGUCAGUUCAAUUUACGAUAUUAGCAACCAGGCAUUUCGCUUUCCAGAUGGCGAGGAGGAAAAGAUAUGGGUGAAAGUUAAACUUGAUGAAGGAAAAGCAGAAGAAAAUAGAGUAUACAAAGCUGUUGUUAUAGCAGAUAAACAACCAACUUAUAAGAAAGCAUGGCUUAAGCUUGGAUACGUGUGCUUCAGCGCAACCGCCAUCGACACGUGCUGUAUCCUGUCUUAUCCACAAAAAGCAGAGUUCACUUGUGGUCCGACCGGCGGAAUCUACACAGCUAGUAAUGACUAUAGAAUACAGAUGUUUGUACCGGAAAUGGCACUUACACAUGAGGAAUUCAUUAUGGUUGAGACAAAAGACCCAAAUACAGAAUAUCUGACAUACAAAUUGGCACAGAAACCAGCAACUCAGCCAAUAAGCAACAUGACACCGUCUCUUGCCGUAGAUAGAUUUAAUCCAAAAAAUAUAUUAAAACCAUUUAAAGUAAGACUUCCAAAACCAAAUUCAGCUGGUAGAAAUGAUGACAAGAUGGUUAUUCUAUGGUGGUUAGAUGACGAGCCUCAUAUCUUAGAUCCAGAAAAAGGGGACAUUAUGGUGGAGGAUAAUGAAGACAAUGUCAUGAUAACAGUCAACAAAUUUAAAAUGAAGCAGUCAACAAUGAAACCAGAACAUGCAGGUUUAGACUUUGUUACUGGUACAACACCAAGAAGAACAACCACGGUAUCUAAAGAAAGCACUGACAAAAGGAAAAUGGGCGAACAGAAGGCAGGAACUAACUUUGCCAAAGAAGGUUUUCAGAUUGCAUGGAUUAAGCCUGGUAUAAAUCACCGAGAGAUUAGAGACGAUGCUAAAAUUCUCAUGAACAUUCAGCACGUUUGUAACAUACUCAUUUUUGCACGGAAAGAAUCAAACUUCAAGUUUGCCAUCAGAGUAGAAUGCAUUCCAGAAUACAAAAUUCCAGCAAUGAAACAAAAAAGGGCGCAUGAACAUCAUUUUACAGAAAUAACUGAUUGUCGAUCUAAAACUGUUCAGAUCCACGAAGAUGAACGACUUCGUCUAAACUAUGUUGUAAAAGCUGAAAUUCAACCACAAUAUACUUUCGUGUACAAAGGAUCUUUUGACACAAAUUUUGCUCUGUUGGCAAUCGAUCUACCAAAAGGAGGACGUAUUGGAGCCUUUGAAAACAUGCAGUUUGACCUAACGUCAGACAAGUAUGUAAAGAUACGAAUUCAUCAAACCAACCUACCACUAUUGAAACUGUCAAAACUGAAAAUUCCUAACAAACCGGUCGAAGAAGGAGAUUCUGAGUUCUUUGCAGACAGCAGUUUGAUUGUUCUUGCCAAACAUUUAACAAAUAAGUUGCACGAAGUUGGGCAAUUUGGCAGAGAGUUAAAAAUACCGACUGCAGUGAUAAUUGGUUUUGAAGAAGAGUUUAAAGUUCACACCACUGGUUUUCUUCACAGACUUCUUCAGUUUUGGCUUGAUAUGCCCGAGACACAAGAACAAAGUAAUAUGUUUACGUUUCUUUUAGCUGCCAUAGAUAAAUCCAUGCAAAGCAUCAAUACUAAAUGGACAACAAAAAUCAUGACUCGUGUUCACAAAGAAGGGCGUGCGCUGACGGAUGAUGAUUUCAAAGGGAAAGACGCCGCUGAAGCUGACAAAAGCAAGGAAUUUUCGGUUCAGACAUCUAAAUAAGUCAAAACUGCAUGUUGUUUAUAAUAAAAUUAAAAGAGUAAUAUUCUCAUUUUGUAA